AGGCUCGGGCGUGGGGUUCCCCUGCCCCCUCCACGCAGGCAAACUGCUGACAGUGGCAAAGCCACGUUGCCAUGUUUGGGGGGAAACUGCCUUGGUUUCGGGCUUAAUGAGAAACUGGAUGUUUGGGUUUGGUUUCGUCUGGGGCUUGGCAAGUGCGCGCGGCGGGUCUGCUCUCGCUCGCUGUGGCCGCCCGGGCAGGGUGAAGUCGGGGGGCUCUAGGACCUGGCCGCCGCGCUCGGACCGGCGGGCCCGGGGCGGCCGAGCGGGCCGGGGCUUGAAUGGGAGGCCGGGGCGUCGCGGCGGGAGGCUCGCGCGGCCGUCGCCAGGCAACCGCCCUGACGCAACGCACCGAAGGCUGCCUUCAAAAAGAAUAGUGCCGGGCGAUCUUGGGCGCACGGGCGCAGUGAGGCGGGCGCGGAGAGCGCCGGGGACCUGGCGACGGCGCCACGGGCCUCGGGCGCCCGCAGCUUGGCCUCCCUCCAAGAGGACUGAAAUCAAUUACGGCAGUGCCUGUUUGCUGAGAAAAAGACCCACGGUGCCCCAGGCCCUCCCGUGAGGAGGAAAAGCGCUUGUCAGGCUGCUCACGCACUGGGGCGGGUAUGCAAAUGGAAGCUUUGAACUCUGUGCAGAGGUGCAACCAUUAGCACGGGAUCCUGCAGACCAAGCCUCCCUGGGCAAAUAACUCCAGGAGAACACGGGGCCCGCACCACCUGCCUUUCCUGGGGAGGGCGAGCUUCUGGCCCAUCUCUGCUCUGCGCACACCUUCGGGACAGACAGAUCUCCUUGGCAAAGGCUGCCCCUGAAGAAUCCUGCCAGUGCUUGUCUGUUCCUGCCUUCUGCGAAGCAUGGCACCCACAGGCUUCUGGGACGAAUCGUAGACCUCGAACCCCCGCAGCUGCUCUGAAAGGCCCUCCCUGGGGCUCAGCCCACGGUCCCUCAGCUCCGGGUGCCGCCCGGCCUCUGCAAUGCCUUCUGGAGGCACGGCCCCAGCUGGAUGAGGCUCUUCCAGAGCAGGACCCAGCCUCAUCGCCCAGCAAGCCUCCCACACAGCCCCUCACCAGCUGCCAGGUCUGGCUGCCAGGGCAGACUGCAGAAUGUCUGUGCCCGAGAUCCAAGUGGAGGAAGUGGGUGAGGAAGAGGGGCUGGCAGGGGCCGCCGCGCCUCCUGAUGACCACCUCCGGAGCCUGAAGGCCCUCACCGAGAAGCUGAGGCUGGAGACCCGCAGGCCCUCCUACCUGGAAUGGCAGGCCAGGCUGGAGGAGCAGACGUGGCCCUUCCAGAAGACGGCCACCGAGGAGAGCUUGGAGCAGGGAGAGUGUGGGGGCGGGGAGCCCCUGCUGCCCCCAAGGGAGCCCAGAGAGCACCCCCCGCCUGCCGGGAGCACCAGCCAGGGCGACAGGUCCCCUGGCAAGCUGGAAGGCUUCCAGAGUAUCGAUGAGGCUAUAACCUGGCUCAGGAAGGAACUGGCGGAGAUGCGGCUGCAGGACCAGCAGCUGGCCAGGCAGCUCAUGCGCCUGCGAGGCGACAUCAACAAGCUCAAGAUCGAGCAGACCUGCCGCCUGCACAGGAGGAUGCUCAACGAUGCCACCUACGAGCUGGAGGAGCGGGACGAGCUGUCGGACCUCUUCUGCGACUCCCCGCUCGCCUCCUCCUUCAGCCUCUCCACGCCGCUCAAGCUCAUUGGGGUCACCAAGAUGAACAUCAACUCCCGGAGGUUCUCUCUCUGCUGAGAAGCCCCAGAGGGGCAGAGGACCCCAGAGGGAGGGAGCUGGGCUGGGCAGUUACCCAGUGGGCUCCCCCGGGCAUGCCCCCAGGACCUGGUGGAGGGCGGGUGCUCUUGGGAGGCCCAGCCCUGGGCCCCAGUGUCUCCUGGCCCGCUCUUAUUCAGCACCCUGAGUGUGCAGAAGCUCCGUGGGCAGGGUCCCCGGUGCUCCACCUCAGUCCCCCUCCUGGGUAGCUGGUGCUAUGAGCUGGGACCACCCAAGGGAGCCCCCAAAGCUGGCUGCUCUUAUAGAAGGCUCCCCCCAGGGGCGAUCAGAUGUGUUAGAAGCACCCAGCUCACACCGUUGCCACCCUCCAAGUCCUGGCUCAAAGCCGCCCUGGGUUGGUGACUUAGCAGCCUUGACAGGGACCCAGCAGGAAAGGAAAACCAUAAAGAAGAGCAGGACAUGGUGCUGGAACAUAGGACCCUUGGCCUGGCAGAAGCCAGUGCCCUGGUGGCACCACCUGGGCUGCUGUCAGUCUUGGGCACCGUGAGGCCAGGUAAAUUGUUGCUGAGUGUGUGGGGACGUGUGCUAGGUGUGCACCUGUGUGGCUGGGGUGGGGCCCCCUUGCCUCCCCUGGCCAUGUGCACCACCAACAGCUGGAGAGCACCUAGGAGGUGGCUGGCGACUGGGCCAGGCAGGUAGGGAACAGGUCACCCAUCACUGAGUUCCCCAGAGGGUGCACAACAGAGGCCUCCAGGGAGCCCAGAAGCCCCUCCUGGGCCUCCUCUGAGACAGAGUCUGAGCUCAGCCGCUCACUUUAAUUGAAUAGACUGUUACACUAACGUGUUGCCAACUUGUUUAUAACUGGUUCUCGUCCAAACUGGAAGCCAGUUGAGCAGGUCGAGCACAGAGCUUGGGGUUUGGCUUUAAGAGCUUCUCCCACAGGAAGUGUGAGGGUGGGCAAGCAGGGAGCAGGUUGGUGAAGUCACCUGGUCACCACCACAUGCCACAGGGUGUCCCCAGGGGCAGGAGUUUCUAUAUAUUUGAUGGCAUCUGGCAGAGUCCUCUCAUGAAUAAAGGAGCAAAGUGAAGCUGGGGCAGGAGAAUAACUGUCCUCGGGUCACACGGCUGCCCGACGGCUGUAGACUAUGAAGGAGUGAAAUCACUGUGAACAUGCAUAGAGAGGUCAGCCACCUUGAACCCAAAGAUGCUUUGCCAGACCAUAAACUGCCCACCCCCUCCACUGCCCGGCCCCCACCCUGUCUUCCUACUUUUUGAUUCAGAGUAUUUGAGUGGGAGGCAGAGCAGUGCCCGGAUGGUGGCCCCUCGGGGUCACCACUGGUGUCCACCCUUAAGUAUCCUGACUCUCAUGUUCCAGGUCCUUAUUCUGCAGGCCACGUCCACGCCCCCACAGCCCACCUGGUAGGAGCUGUGUUGGGGGGACUGAAAUGGGGAAGAGCAAAUGAGGGGCCCCAGGUAGCAAGAAGAGCAUGUAGUGUCUUCCCGGGACUUCAGGGAGACCCAAAGAAGGUAGACGAGCGUAGCCAGGACUUGUUGUUGGCCCUAAAUACCAAAGGAUUGUCUGGCAGGUUUCCUGGAGGGCACACAGCACGGCCAGGUCCUGAGAGGACUUCCUCCUGCCACCUCCUUCCACACCGGUGGGUCCUGCAGGCCAUCACCCACCCACCCACCCUGCAGAGAACACACAGGAAAACCCACCCCACAUUCAGGAAAAAUAUGUACAUAACUGGUUUUCUUCUUAGAAAUCAGUCAUUGGAGUAACUGAAAAAAUUGGAGUGAAGGAAAGCGGAGUGACAGAGAUGACGUGGUCAGUGCUCUGUGGCCCAGCGGGGCCCCUACCUUUGUUCUCUGGAAGGAAGUUAAGACCCAGACAGAUGUUUGGGGAUAGUUUAGAUGUCUCAGCUACUUUGUUUAGUUCAUCCCAAGAGAAUUUUAUUCUAGGAUAGAAGGGGAGGUGGAGGUCUGCGAAGUGCAGGGAAAGACAGCUGUGCUUCCCCGUGUGUGUCCCACACCGGUUAGCACCUGCCUUCCACAGUGAGCCCACGACUGACCGAUUCCUUCAGCUUUGUGAGUCCCUGCUGUGUGGCAGCCAGGUGGGUCCAGCCUCCGUCCCUGACUUUCUGGCUUACCAUGUGUAUACAGUGCUGUUUGCAGAUUCAUCCAUGAGCCAUCUGUGCCCCCCCACCAGGAUGUAAAACACCCACCAAGUCUCCACUGUGCUGUCACAUGUGGUCAUGUCCGAUGCCUUCGUAGGCUCAGUAGCCAUCACAGAGGCCUAAAGGGCCUGGGCAGGCUUGACCUACCCCUGUAGCAAUACCAAGUGCUAUUACAUAAUCGAUGGACAAUUUUAUUUUUAUGAUUGUUUCUAUAUUGCUGUUAGAAAAAAGUGAAAUAAAAAAUUUCAAAAGAAGAUAUCCAUGUAAA